CACACUGCCACAUUGGCUAACAGAUAUGCCCGGAGUACGUGUGCCUUUCGCUGGCAGAAACGGGCAGGCCCUCCACACGUACAGGGACAUAUGUGAUCAAAAGAAAAGAAGUGCUUGUUAAAAUAUAUAAAAGUGGGAGAUUCCAUUUUUUAAUUGAUCACUUAGAAGAUUCAAUUCUUUGAAAAUCACCUACUCCAUUACUGGAGACAAUCUCUGUUCAUAUUUCAGCGUAUCUCUUUCUUGUCCUUUUCUGAUGUUACAAAUGUGAGGUCAUGUUAUACGUAAAGUUUUGUAUCUUGGUUGUUUCCCUUAACCUGACUUGUGGAAUAUUUCCUCAUGUCAUUGAGCAGUGAUUGGAAGCAUGCUUUUGGAAUGAUUGCCCAAUCUCCUGCUGCACUGCUGUAUCAAAAUUUGUUCAACAGGUCCCUCAUUGGAUAUUCAGGUUGUUUCUAAUCUGAGGUGGCUGUAAUCAGUGACAUCCCAGAGUGCAAAUCUUUGUGCUCAUCUCUGACAAUUUCCUUAGAUAUUGUCAUAUGGGCAUAAUGAACAGGUCAAAGGGAAUGAACCUUUUUAAAAAUAGGGGUUUUAAUGUCUAAUUGUUUCUAAAUACCUAUCAAUGUACCAUCUGAAGCCUUGGAUUUAUUGCAGAUCCUUUUUAUGGCGCAAUCAGAGACUGCUAAUAUCCUAGCGUUGAAGGAGAUUUUAGAGGUCAUCUCAUGAAACCCUCUCAUUUUAUGAAUUGGGAAAGUGAGGUUGAGAGAUGAGAAGAGACAUACUUAAGAUCAUGGAGCAAGUUGAGAGGCAGAGCUAAAACUAUUACUCAUUCUAGAUAAUAAUUAUGAUAACAACAAUGACUAAUAUUUCUCAAGCAUUUAUUCAAUCCCAGCUACCGUGUUAAGUUCUUCACAUGCCUUUUCUCAGAUAACCUUCACAGUAGCACUCUAAAGGGGGUAUAGAUUUCCCCAUCUGCAAAAUAGGAUAAUCAUAAUACCUGCCUCCUAGUGGUUGUGAGGAUUAAAUGACUUCAUCCGCAUGAAGCACUUAGAACAAUGACUCACACAUAAUGGCCAGUGUUCCUCAAGCGCUUUGCCAUUCCCAUCUUUAUCCCCACUGUAAAAAUGAGGAAACUGAGGCACAGAGAGGUCCUGUGAUGGCUAGUAAGUUGUGCAACCAGAAUUUACACAUUGCCUGUGGGACCCAUGUUCCUAACCACUGCCCUGCCCUGCCUCCCCCUGUGCAGGUGCUUCAGCCUGUGCUCACCCUGCUACACCACACCCCACUGGGGAUAAUUAAACAGCUUUUAUCAUUUAAUUUCCAUCUAACCAGGCAGGCAGACUAAACAUGUAUGGAAAUUGUGAAAAUUUGUCUGGAAUUAGACUCGUACUAGAGCAAGGAUUGACUCUGACGUUCACAGAAGACUCUGCCUUACCAGGGAGGACCUGGCAGCUCAUGUCCAAAGUCAGAUCAGUUUCUGGGACAAGAUGACAUGUUCUCAUUAUUAGCAUCUUGCUCCUUGAUCUUCUGUCCAUUUCCCCUCCCUGCGUGGCUACUAUAUUCUGCUAGGGCUGUGAUAGGAGGAGUAUCAGACAAAAGAAUUGGGAAACCUGGGUUCUUGGCCCAGCUCUGUCACCCCUGGCUGUGUGAUCUUGGGUGAGUCUCAUUCCUUCUCUCUGCCUCCCUUUCUGUCUCUGUAAAAUGAAGGGGUAGAGUUCAUGGAUGGUCCCCAAUCCUAACUUAUCUCCCAAGAUACCUGGGGAGCUCUGAAAUAUACAGAAUUCUAGGCCUUGGGCUCAUCUCUCCCUGCCUUCACCCUUUAACCCCUUCAUCUCAACUCCCUUGCAAAUUGUGAGUUAGCACAUCUAGGCGAGACACCAGACUCUGCAUUUCAUAAAACCUCUUCAGGUAAUCAGACAACCAGCCAGGUGUGGGAAUUUCUAGACCAGAUGAUCUGCUAAGUUUCCCUCUCCACCCCCAACUCUAUCAUCCUGAGAAAUCAAGAUCUCAGGCCACCACGUCUUAGUCAUCACUGAUAUUCAAAGUGAGCAAAACAAAGUCUUCUCAAGCAGGCAUUGUUUAUAGGUGCCCUUGUGCCUCACAGUGCCUUAUUCAACAUAGAGCAGGGUUUUAAGUCAGAAAACAUUUUUCUUAAUUAGCUGUUUUAUCGAAGUACAGCAUACGUACAGAAAAGUGUACAAAUCAUAAGCACUCAGAUGUUCAAUUUUAAUUACGAGAGUACACACACGUAACUAGUACCCAAAUCAAGAAACAGAGCGUCACUAGUACCCCAGAGUCUCCUCCUGUCCCCUGCUAGCCAUUUCCCUCCCCUCAGGGGUAACCAGCCUCCUGUCAAGUCAGAAAACACAUUGAUAGUGGCACAGUCCUGACUUUGGAGGAGUUUCAGGAGCCCUUGGUCAGCCUGAGUGAGCAACACCAGGGCCUUACAGCUUCAAGGUGCUGAGUGCUUUCAUUCUGUGAAGCAACCAGAACAUUCCAUUCUGCUCUUUGAUAUUCAGAGUCUACAGCAUUUAUGAUGUCAUAAUAGAAGCUGUUCUCUUUGAAUUGUGCCCAAGUCUUAAUUUAUGGAGAUGACCGAGUGACAGCAUAUGUGGCUAAGGCCAUUGAAGGAGACUUUAUUACCUACAUUUCCUGAGAGAGUGGGGCACGCCAUGCCACCAGUGGCCACACUCGUAGCACCAAGGUUGAUCGGGCCGGAGGCAGAGGAAGUGAGAGGAGAGCCUAGACCAGAGCCUUUUAUUGUGUUUUCCAUGGGAAGGGCAAGGAAGGACAAGGCACACAGUUCAGGAUUGACUCGUUUGAAUAAUUCUGGAUUGUCUGAUACCUCGAGAGUUUGAUGAAGGAGAUGGUUGGACGUGUAGGCUCUGGAUUGGUCUGUUAGCAUGUGGCAGGAAAAUUUGAUCGGCGCCCUCUUGGCGAUUUUUGGGCACCUUGUGGUCAGCAUUGCCCUUAACCUCCAGAAGUAUUGCCACAUCCGCCUGGCAGGCUCCAAGGACCCUCGGGCCUAUUUCAAGACCAAGACAUGGUGGCUGGGCCUCUUCCUGAUGCUGCUGGGUGAGCUGGGUGUGUUCGCCUCCUACGCCUUCGCUCCGCUCUCCCUGAUCGUGCCCCUCAGCGCAGUCUCCGUGAUCGCCAGCUCCAUCAUAGGAAUCAUAUUCAUCAAAGAAAAAUGGAAACCUAAAGAGUUUCUGAGGCGCUAUGUCUUGUCCUUUGUCGGCUGCGGUUUGGCUGUCGUGGGCACCUACCUGCUGGUGACAUUUGCACCCAACAGUCACGAGAAGAUGACUGGCGAGAACGUCACCAGGCACCUUGUGAGCUGGCCUUUCCUCUUGUACAUGCUCGUGGAGAUCAUCCUGUUCUGCUUGCUGCUGUACUUCUACAAGGAGAAGAAUGCCAACAACAUCAUCGUCAUCCUUCUGUUGGUGGCGUUACUCGGCUCCAUGACAGUGGUGACGGUCAAGGCCGUGGCCGGGAUGCUUGUCUUGUCCAUUCAAGGGAACUUGCAGCUCGACUACCCCAUCUUCUACGUGAUGUUCGUGUGCAUGGUGGCAACCGCCAUCUACCAAGCCGCGUUUUUAAGUCAAGCCUCACAGAUGUAUGACUCUUCUCUGAUUGCCAGCGUGGGCUACAUUCUGUCUACAACGGUCGCUAUCACAGCAGGCGCAAUAUUCUACCUGGACUUCAUCGGGGAGGACGUGCUACACAUCUGCAUGUUUGCACUGGGGUGCCUCAUUGCAUUCUUGGGCGUCUUCUUAAUCACGCGUAACAGAAAGAAGGCCAUUCCAUUUGAGCCCUAUAUCUCCAUGGAUGCCAUGCCAGGUAUGCAGAACAUGCAUGACAAGGGGAUGACUGUCCAGCCUGACCUCAAAGCUUCUUUUUCCUACGGGGCCCUGGAAAACAACGACAACAUUUCAGAGAUCUACACCCCUGCCACCCUGCCAGUCAUGCAAGAAGAGCACGGGCCCAGAAGCACCUCUGGGGUGCCCUACCGAGUCCUGGAGCACACCAAGAAGGAAUGAGACUCACUCCUUUGAUUUGUAACUGUUCAAGCCAGGCCGGCAGUGACUCAACCCUUAAUUCUAAAACUUGCCUUUCAAGUCUCGUUUUUUUUAAACUGAGAACUGUAUGGAUAGCGAUCUCGGAAAGCCUUUGUCUCUGGCAAAGGAUACAUUAUCUUGGUCUUGGAAAUUUCAAAUGAUGGGGGUGAGAGUGAGGGGAUGAAAGGCUAUUCCAGGUGGGAGACUCGGAAUUCAGCCUCUGCCUGGUUUAGCCCAGUGGGAUUUGGAAAGCCGCCUUACCAUCGGCAGGAUGGGAACUGAGCUCCCUCGGUCAGUGACCCAAGGUUGCCACUUUCUUCAGGACCUAAGGCAAGGCAGAGGCUCCUCUUACUUCUCAGAUCCAGGGAAAGGUUGUAGACCCCUAAAUCUGUCUUCCUCCACCUCGCGUGCAUGCCUGACCUCUGCCCGUGCCACUCAUGACGCUGUAUGUGUAUAACAUUCACAUUGUCCCCAAGUGGCAGAGUGGGCCACCCCUGGGCAGGACGUUCUGUCACUCGUGCAGGAAAUAGACGUCUGCCUUCCAGUUGUCUCUGUCCUUCCGGUGAAGACAUGCUGGAUGUGUUUAUAUUGGAUCUGCUCUGAAAACUAAUUUGGUUUGGGGCCUGUGAGAACUACAUGAUGAUGUUUCCCCCCAAAAGAACGGGGAAGUUAAGGGGAAGAUUGAGCAGGAUAGGAGCAAGGGUGAGCAGCCCAGAAAGGAAGGAGAAUCCCUCUUAAUCUCACAAAAGGUAAUUGCACCACUUUGAAAGAGGACAGACAGAACAUCUGGCUGUGUUACCUGCUAUUUUUUUCCCUGCAUACCAGUGACCCCUGGGAAGGCUGGGGGUAGUCAUUUCAGAGACAGCCUCUCACACAUCUCUGCACUCUCCUUUACAAAGUUCGGUCAACCCAGCUUGACUUAUUGGUCAGUUUCCUUGAAAUCAAUAGGGACUUCCUGGGUCUUCAUCUCUGAGCACACGUGUCUGGGAGAAGCAAGCAUUCUCAAAACUGGGCUCUUUCUUUCUGUACAUGACUGUCUUCCCCUAGACUGACUGUAGACUUUAGAGAGUGGCAGGUGAAGGUCUGCACACCUUAAUGAGCAUAAGGACCUCCUAGGCGUUUCUGCAAAGUGCAGAUUCCUACACCCAACUGCAGACACUGAUUAAAUGGAACUGCAUUCUUAACUGGCAUCACCAACGAUCCUGAUGCCAGUAAUCCAGAGGUCCCACACCUGGAAAGCCUAAUAAUGGAAAAUAAAAAAAAGUCUGCUAAAACCCCCAGGGCUCCAUGCACCCCUGUUAGGAGGUUAGAGUUACUGGUCGUUUCCUCUCUAGGGUUCUUCUUGGCAGGUUGAAUAAUCCCCAUAGGAUCUGUGGCAUUUCUUCAUCCAGUGAAUACUUCUUAGAACUGUACUCACUGCUUCCUAGACAGCCUUCAAUAGGCAAGACACCAGUGUUAAUAGACCAGUGUUGAUAGCUCAUUUAUCUUUAUGGAUUGUGCUUAAUACCGAUUUAGUACCUUGACUUCAGAAAUUCCGACAUCUGUUGCCUGCGAUAACCACUUCUGUAUUGUGUCUUGACCACUUCUGUAUUGUGUCCUUAAUGCCUAAGAAGGCAACAGACAAUAGCUUUUUUUUCACCUUAGGAUGGGCAGCAACUCAACAAUAUUUAUAGGGCAUUUUCUAUGUGUGUGUUAAGCACUUGGAGGGCCAAAGCUACAAAGAUAAGAUAUAGUUCCUGCCCUUCACGCCAGCUGGGGAGACACAAAUACCCCAGAACCUCUGGCAGGGCAGGCCGUGAUAGGUUAAGUCCAAUACUGGGCCACAGACAGUGAGUCAUGGUUGACCUGCUAAAGGUCAUGCCUGAGCCCAAAGGGCCAUUCAGAACUGGAGGCGGUUUGGGCUCUACUCACAAAUGGGUAGCAAAUCUAGCUAAGAUCUGAGCAAAGCAUAGAAAGUAGGGUGAUCACCCCCCAGGCAGAGGAGCCAGCAUUUUCAUAAGGCACAGAGAUGGGGAGUGGAGGUUGGCCAAAAAAAAA